CUAAGACGCAAAAUAAAUACAGAUUCACAGUAUUUAAAUAUCUCCUACGCGGAUGCACUACUCACCGGUCCAGGAGGCUGUGAUGUUUGUCACCUCACUUUGAUCCAGAGCUGGUCCGGCCACAUUCAUCAUUACUUCUCCGCUACUUGUCCAGUGGGACAGGUGGCGCCUCUCGUGACUUUCUGACAGCAUUCUUGUAAUGGUCUUGUCAUCGUCUGGGCGUGAUUUGAGUGAGUACGCACGCGCUGUAGGUCGUAAGAGCAGGCGUGUCCCCACAGGUCAGGCUCCGCAACUUACCAGCUCUCGUCAAAGCUCGAGUCGUCUGUCCAGCUGCCUCCUGCUGCUGAUGCUGAUGUUGCAUUAAUCUACAAGACCAGACUUGGACAUUUGGCCGGUCACCGAAUUUAGUCGUGCUGGGUGAUGAUCAACGGUCUGCGGGUGACCGUUGGCAAUCCACGAAAUGUACCACUUCACAAACUCUGGCAUCUGGUAUCUUUAAGAGAUGAUUGCAUCUGCAGUGCUGCAUUUAAUAAUCUUUCGGCGAGAAAUGAUUAAUUAGUGUUCCAGUCGAGAUAGAGACGAUAUAUAAAGUCGAGAGGACCAAAAGGACACCAGGACGCUGGCAAGAGGUCAAGGAAGUGAGAGGAGUUGUUGCAGGGGGAGAAAAAACUACUGUUAGGGGUACGAAGUACCUUUAUUCCAGCUCUACCGAACCUUGUUCUACGAGAACUGUUUUGAUGCGUGUGAUGGCGGGCAGGGGCAUGAGGCUAACCUCGGAGGUAUAUGUGCUGAUGGUUGUGGCUGUUACAGCACUUGCGUCCGGAGAGGGAUCACUGCAGACAUAUAUUUUGGACGAAUGGUGCCAGAAGACACUGGACAUGGCGGUGCAGGGGGUGGAUGCCGGUCGCCUGUUGCUGAGGUCAGCGGACCGAGGGUUGCUGUACCCCGACUGCCAGGUCUUCCUCAGGGCGCCACCCGGCAAACGCAUCAUCUUCCACUUCCUCUUCUUCGACAUCCACAGCCCCGCCGAGUGCAGCAGCGACAACCUGCAGCUGUUCGACGACCGCUACCUGCAGCAAGAGUUGACGGGUGCUAUGUGUAACUUGGGGCUGGUGCCAGCAGGUGUGUAUACCUCCACGGGCCAGGAUGCUGCAGUCCGGCUGCACAAAAAUAACUACCUGGCUGACCAGGUGGAGCUCAUCUUCACCGCCUUUCACCUGGCCCCGUGUAGAGACAGUGAGUUCCAGUGCCACAACUCGCACUGCAUCGACAAGACCAUGCGUUGCGAUGACUACGACAGCUGCGGCGACGCGUCGGACAUGUGUCUGCUCGGUCCUGCUGGUGUCGCGGGCGUCGUCAUCGCUUCUGUUAUCCUCAUCGUCUUCCUCGCAGCUCUCAUUGCCGCCCUCCUGUACCGCAGACAUCGACGCCGACGUCAGGAGAAGAAGCACGUCCGCAGACACGCCAUUAAACACGGCGCCGCUUGGAGUGAGAGCAACGGUCGGUCCGAAAUGUUUGAAGUCCCCCAUUCAGACUCCAGGAUGACAGGCUUCUCGACUGACGCCUCAUCCGGGGCUUCUGGGUUUGUGAAAAGUACGGCUGUAGAGGAAGCUGACACGAUGAAAACACAGAAGAAGAGAAAGUGGAAGAAAAAUUCCAAAGGCAAAAGAUCUGCUUGGCAAGACGAGUCGCGCGCGGACCUUGACCUCCACACAAAAGGCGUUUCCAAGGAGACCACCUUGAAGAAGGUCAGGUAUGAAGACGAAGUGGUCCCUGAUAUUUACUCCAUACCCAUUAAGCCAUCGUCGAAGACUCAAGCCUGGGGUGAGACAUGCUGUAACGGUUCACUUCACGUUCAGAACCAAACUGCGUCACAUGCAAGGAAAGACAACUCCAACUGGUCCAAACAAGCAUGGGAGACCAACACUCACUCAAUGGAAGGGAUGGCGAAGAACGGAGAUAGCCAGUUUCCGGUUUACGAACUGGAUGUGAUGAAACUUGAAGACACCUGCCGACGAUUCCACCCGCCCACCUUCUACGAUCAUAUCUUCAGUUUCAGACGUUACCCUUCCGGCGCCAUGAGAAAGGCCGGCAACUCCACUGUCACGUCCAAGAGGAUGGGUUAUCGGCGUCUUCAGCGUGACUGCGGCCACAGCGAGUACCAGACUAUUGACAACCAUUGUCAUGACAACAGCAGCUCCACCUUUCUCAGGGUGGAAAAAUAACCCAGGUCACUGACUAGCAAAAUAAUUUAUAAUUUAGGUUGUAGCUGUCAGAAACAAAUUGGCGAAUAUCAACAAAUAUCAAUACAAGGUAUAUCACCUUACCAAAAAUGUAAAAUUUGAUUUACAUUGUUCGACAAACCAUUUUGAGUCAAAUUCAAAUAAUUUGUUCUCUUCUUUGCAACAUUCUGAUAAGUGUUUGUCUUAAAGUCUUACAAGGGUCAGAAUGUGAGAGAAUAUUUUAAACGCUACAUGUAAGCAACACCGUUACUGAUUACCGUUGGCUAGUAGUGACUGUCAGGCAGCCAUGUAUCAACCCACGUGAUUGCUAACUUUCGGUAAAGAAAACUGGGUGGCUUGGCAGAAAUAUUCAAGUUUAAAAUAAAGAUGUCCUAUGUAAAAUAUAGAUGGAAUGUACUCAGCAGAGACACAAUCACAUGUAAACAACCAGAGAUUCGCUAGAAAAAUGUGCAGAGAGCCUCGUGGCUUUGCAGUUCCGGUCAGCAAUCCCAGGACACAGAACAUGAUGCACAGGACACGCCCUGUCCUGUCUUGCCUGUCCUGUCAUGUCCUGUCCUGUCAUGGCAGCUUUAAUGUCAAAGUUCGUGACAUGGACUGUCCAGACCUCAAGUAACAUACACUGCCCCGAAUUUUGCUGUUUACACGCGAUAUUAUGUUCUUUUUUCACAAUUUUUUUAUAUUGUAUUUUUGAUAUUUGUUUUAGAUACUCGGGUUCGAUAUUGUUGGUGUGAGAAUAAUGGCGACUUAUAGAUAUAUAUAUAUAUUCGUGCAUUAGAUUCUUCCGGUGCAUAUUUGUAUAAUAUACAGGGUGUCCCAAAAAUGUAUACACACUUUGAAAAUUUAUAAAUGCAGGGCGUAUUAACACACAUUUCAUUGUCAGGA